AAAUGUGUGCAUAUACGGCAUGCAGCAUGUCCGAAAUUAUAAACAACAAUCAGGAUUCGUGUCAGCCAGACCACACGAGUAGUAAAAUUGCAAUCCUAUCGACUUCGACACCACCGCUUCCCAUCGAUCCUCCAUUCCCGUUGGUGGCCGCCUGGCUCGGUUUCGAGACACGCGUCUCGAAGCAGACGGUGAACAGCGUCUGCGUCGACUGGACACCUAGCCCGGAGUCCGUUUCUGUGUUCAGCAUCGAAAAGUACCACAAGCGACACGGCUGGCAGCAAGUGCUAUGGGCGAGCUCGAGUCCCCAGACCAUCCACCACCUGGAAGAGAAUUUCGGCUAUCGACUACGCAUUCGAGCUCUACGACCCUCUCUGGAUGGCAGUCACUACGAAACAGUGGCCAUUUCACCGGACAUCAUUGCAACCACGGAAGCAGCGCUACCAUCCACAAACUGUUUGUAUCGAGCCAUUCGUAAGUCGCAGCAAUUUCUGGUCAAGCGCAUGCUGCGGCGGCGACCCAGUCUGGUGGACUAUCCUGGUCCGAACGGAUAUCUCCCUUUAGCAAAUGCCAUUAUUCAGGGCGAGAUGUGCGUCAUUGAUGUCCUCCUCUCGGCUGGCUGCAGCGUGCAUCUGGGCAAUCCACAUAACAAACGCAGCCCACUGCAUUUGGCAUUCUAUCAUGGCCAUCUGCCGUCGGCCCGAAUUUUGCUGAACAAAAAGGCGCAGUUGGAAGCGACUGACUGCAAUGGAAUGACACCCGCGCAUUGCGCCGUUGAUGCCAAUCAGUUGGAAAUGGUGAAGUUUGCCCUGCAGUCUGGCGCCAACCUGGAAGCAAGAGAUGCCUGCGACUGGACACUGCUAAUGCGGGCAGUGGUCAUGGAUGCUGGACUGGAGCUUAUCAAGCUUUUGGUUACACACGGUGCCAAGCUCGGGGCUCGCGAUGGGCUAGGCAAAAGCUGCUGCGAUUUAGCCAGACUUUAUCGCCGGCAGCAGGCAACGGAUUAUUUCGACAAGGUACACGAGUUUCGCCAGGAGCAAGCGAAGGCUACGCAAGCUUUGGCUAACACAUCACCACAAUCCGGCCAAAAAGAUUAAGUGCAGCCGGCCGGCUAACAGUAUGAAAUCUGUCGAAGAACGCGUUAAUGAAUGUCCCUCUGACAGCUUAACUCAUGCAUUACCCUAGAUA